AUGAAGACCUGUUUGGUGGAGCUGAAACUGAAGGAUACGGAGCCUGUGGAUUGGAAGAAGGGUCUUGCUUCAUAUUUGAAAAGAUCUUAUGGAUCUGGACAGUGGUCACAGUUUUAUGAUGAAAAAUUGGCCAGUGACUUGAACCAUUUGAGAAAUAAUGCCAAUGGGGAAUUGGCUCCUGAAUCUUUAUUGGAACAGAAUUGCAUAUAUUAUGCGUAUCUGGAACAAUUGCACCUGCGGUUGGGGAAUAGUAGUGGUCAACUGAAGCUUGAUUUUACGUGGUACGAUGCAGAAUAUAGUGCUUCUCAAAGAUCGCAGAAAUGUUCACAGCACAGCUUGGUCUUGGAGAAAUCUUGCGUUCUGUACAAUAUAGCGGCACUGUUGACGCAGGUAGCCCGCGAGAAGAUUAAUGAGGAUUUGAAGAUUUCUGUGGGCUAUCUCUCAAAGUCAGCAGCCUGCUUUGAAUAUCUAUCGGAAAACUUCUUAGGUUCUCCCUCAGUUGACUUACAGGCUGAAAACACUAAGUUGCUGGCAGAUCUAAGCCAUGCAGAAGCUCAGGAGCUUUUCCUACUCAAAGUCAUCAAUGGAGGUGACCCAGUGAAACAAGCUUCACUAGUCAGCAAACUGGCCUACGGUGUAGUCACACAGAAUGAAAAAUGCUCAGAGUUUUAUGAAGGAACGGAGGAAGCGACAGCUGAAUAUGGUGAAUUGAGAUGGCGCUCAAUUGUAAAGUGUAAAGUACAUUUCUACAAAGCGGUCAGCGCGUAUUAUUAUGCCCUAUCUUUGGAACAGCAAGCGAAGUAUGGUGAAGCUAUCGGCUUCCUUACGUCAGCGCAUAAUUCUCUGAUAUCUUCGUUAAUUUACAAGACACAUCUCAAGGAUUUCAUUGAUUUUCAGGCCACGAAGGACAAUAUCGAUGAGAAGAAAAAACAACUGUUGAAAGAUAACGAUUUCAUUUAUCACGACAGCAUUCCACAAAGCGUUGAGCUGGAGUCGAUAAAGUCCAUGGAUGCUAUCAAGAUCACAAGUUGGCCCAAGCAAAUUGAAAGUUAUAUGGAUCAAGUAAGCGAAAAGUGCAAUACCUUAUAUAAAGGUAUCGUUCCAAUGGAGAUAUAUGAAAAGGAGAGUAUUUAUUCCGAAGAAAAGGCCAGUUUACUCAGAAAGGAGAUGGAGGAUAAUGAAACAGCUAAUUGGGAAUACAGCUCUUUCGUCGAGUUCACAAAUCUACCUAAAUUACUGACGGAUAUGGAGCAAAGAUACAAAAAUGGCUCCUCCAACGCUUCUGAUAAUCCGCAGCUAGGUAUGAUGAAAGAACAGUUGAAAUCGUGGGCAAAGACAGUUCAGAACAGCCCAUACAGAGAUAUUGAGACACAGAUGAAGUUAAUAGCAUCAAAGAGACGAGAAAUUCUAGAUAUCUUACCAAGCUUAUCAGCGGACCAAAAGGAUAAUAUCGUCAAGGUGAAAUCAUCCCUUGUAGAGGCGUCCCAAUCGGAUGAGAGGCUAUUCGCCUUGGUUCGGCCGUUCAUUCAACAGAUCAAUCUUCUGAGGGAUGAGACUAUGUUGUCGAGGAAGUUUGAAUCUUUUGCAAUCAAUAGGGCGAACGAGCCAAGUCUUUUGGAUCUUGACGAUACAAACACUAACAAGAUACUCGAAAAAUUGAAGGCGAUUGAACAACUUUCGGAGGAUUUAAAGCUCUUGAAAGAUGAGCGCUCUAGAAACUUAAUAGAACUCAAGGCAGAACUAAGUAAUGACGACAUCACCAGAGUUCUCUUGACUCAUCGCAAGGCCUCGGACUCAGAGUUGAAACAGGUAUUCGCACAGGAAAUGACAAAAUUCAAACCAUUUAGUACUAGAAUUGAGGCUGCCAUUUACAAGCAGACAUGCACCAUCAACGAGAUAAAGUUAAAACUUGAUGAGGUGUUUAAGCUCUCUGGAUUUCAGAACAAAUCGAAGGAGGAGCUGGAGUCCUUGGAAGAGUGCAAAAAAUUCGUCCGUGAUUUAGAGGAGGCUGUUGAAAACUUUGGCAUUUUCAGUUCGGAUCUCCCCAAGGGUCUGAGCUUUUAUGACUCACUACUAACUAUGAGCAAAAACCUACUUGCUGCAACGAAGAGGGCAGCAGCCGCACAAGAUAAUUCACCGCCUUUACCGCCACCGGUUUCAUCUACGGAAAGACAGUUUCAGGACUUAUCCAUAUCAAGCGGUCAUGGCCUGCCACCAUCAGUGCCGCCUCGCACGUAUGUUGGACAAGCACCGGCUCAAGAUGGGUAUUUGAAUAGCUCAAGGUCCUUCCCCGGCCCACCACUCUCACUUUCUGCGCCAGCAAUUCCUCCAAUUCCGCCCAAGCCUCCUAGAGGCCCGCCUGGCAGCCAACGAGGGCACGAUUUUGAAGAGAAGGAAAUCCAGAGUAACCCAACCUCAUUUUACGACAGACCCUCUGUUUUUGAUGAGAAUCUGUACUCCAAAUUUAGCGGGUAG